CUAUGAUUCAUAAGACUACCACAGCCAGCCCCUAUCUCUUCAUCCUCUCGAUUCCCGCUCUCCUUGACUUGAUCCUAACCCCCACCCAGGAUCUUUAUGCGACUUCUCCGAGCAUACCACAGUACAAUCAGAUCCCUUCGACAGCUCUCCCCUUCGCCCGGGAUAUUCUCCGCAUCCACCCCACUUCCCUUUCGUACUGCGGUUCAACCAACAUUCGUCAAACGCACAAUGGCUACAGCAAUGGCAAAGCGCCUUGAAGGCAAGACAAUCCUCGUAACUGGUGCAUCGUCCGGAAUUGGUCGAAGCACUGCCAAGGAAUUUGCUCGCACCUCUCCCAAGAACUUGAAGAUUAUCGUGACUGCUAGACGGAUCGACUCUCUGCACGAGCUGGCUAAGGAGAUCAAGGAAGAAGUUGGUGAAGGCGUUAAGGUGUUGCCUGUGCAACUGGAUGUUAGCAACCCGGAAGAUAUCAAGAACUUUGUGCCUUCUUUGCCCGCGGAGUUUAAGGAGAUUGAUGUCUUGGUCAACAAUGCAGGCCUCGUCAAGGGCGUUGCCAAGGCCCCUGAGAUCGACCCUGAAGACAUCAAUGUCAUGUUCUCCACCAACGUUACUGGACUGAUCAACAUGACUCAGGCCAUCCUCCCCAUCUUCAAGACGAGAGCCGACGGUGGUCGAGGAGAUAUUAUCAAUAUUGGUAGCAUUGCUGGCCGCGAGCCUUACCCCGGUGGUAGUAUCUACUGCGCCACCAAGGCGGCUAUUAGAUCUUUUACCGAUGCCCUGAGGAAGGAGCUCAUCGCCACAAGAAUCCGUGUCAUUGAGAUCGACCCUGGCCAGGUUGAGACUGAAUUCUCCGUCGUGCGCUUCUACGGCGAUAAGUCGAAGGCAGAUGCCGUUUACGCAUGGUCAGGCACUAAUAGGAGAUGUUGCAGCGGCUGUGAGCCCCUUACCCCUGAUGAUAUUGCCGAGAUCGUUGUGUUUGCCGCUGGUCGGCGCGAGAACGUUGUGAUCGCGGAUACUCUGAUCUUCCCAAGCCACCAGGCAUCGCCGACUGCCAUGCACCGCAGGUCUUAG